AUGUUGUCUCCGUACCUCGAGCAGAUGUCCGUACAAACUAACUCGCAAAACAUACCUCUUUUUGACGGCCGCCAGCCCCCUCUCAAAGAUUUUCUGCAGGAAAUAGAAAACAGUGCCGCGUUUAUAGCCGAAGUGUCGGAGCCUGGUUUUCUCAAAGCCGUUCUGAGUAGAUUAAGAGGCUCAGCGCGAGAUAGUGUUCGUGGACUCCGUUUUGACGGAAUAAAUGAACUUACGGAGCACUUAAGAAAACGGUUUGCAUCCUCGAAAAAGUACCAAUGGUACUUAGACAAUAUAAUGACGAUUAGACUAAAGCAAACUGAAACGGUAAGCGACUACCAUGACAGAUUAAGAGGACUCAUAAGCGGUGCACGACACGCGUUAGAACUUAAAUAUAACAAAACUUAUCUCGAAGUUGUUCGAAAUGAAGUCGGUGCUAACGAACGCGGACAUGAAGUGUCCGAAAGCGAGAUAAUCAUGCAGCCUGUAGUGGAAAACGUAUUCCGCGCUUUCGUUAGGGGUCUGCCCGAGGAAAUGUCCACGUUUGUCGACACGCGCAAUCCCCGAAAUCUCGAUGAGGCUUUCGAACAUGCCCUUUACGCGGAAGAACGCCGUAACUAUAACGAAAGAACUAGGCCGUCCUCCUACCACAUCACUCGAGCAGACGAUAGAACUCGAUCCCCUAGCCCGUACAGUCGUCAGGUAGAGGGGCAAGUGUCAAUAGAAAAAAGAAAAAGUGAUAGUGAUAGGGAAAAUAGUGGUCCUAGACCCAGCCAAAGCCAACCCAGCGGGGUAAUGCAAUUCACUCCGGAGCAAUUGGCGGCAUUCUACAAAUCGAUGAUGCCGCCGUUUGCUCAACCAAUGGCUUAUGCGCCACCUAUCCAACCCAUACCGUAUGCUGCACCUUACGCGCCGGUACAGCCCCAACAACAGUACCAACAAUACAGGGCACCGACACAAGGCUAUAGGCCGAACUCGACGCUCCGACGCGGCCCCGAGUCCAACUCCCCAGCGUCAGAGGACCGUCCACUUUGCCCCGGACCAAGUUGGGUCCGUAGAGCAAAAUUUAGGGGAGAGGAUUCCCCAGUAGUUCAAUUAGAUGCACCUGAGUUCAAAGAAACAAAGGUGAACUUCCUAGUUGACCCCGGCUCUGACACAAAUUUAAUUAAAGCCAAUAUUUUGAAACCCGAGCUCACACUUGAUCGAAGCAAGUGCACUGAGAUUACGGGUAUUACCAAUCAUUCGGUCCCAACAUUGGGAACUGUCGAGGUUACAGUCCUCAAUGUUCCGAUCGAAUUUCAAGUUGUAAAAAGUAGCUUCCCGAUUUCUACAUCUGGAAUUCUGGGAAGACCGUUCUUGCGUCAGGAACAAGCUCAACUUUCCUUUAGACAUAAUGCUCUUGUAACCAUUACAAAUCCGGUGACUCCUAUUCCGUUUGUGGACCGCGAAUCACUGGAAGCUAGAGAAAAGUUGAGACCCCAAAUUAAACCAUUCGCAAGAAUACUAAGAAUUCAAGCUCGAACCAGAAAACCAAUAGCGAUCAAUGUGCUCAACCCGGAGUUGAAAGAGGGCUAUCUCCCGCGCAUGCAGGCCCCAGGAGGUGUCUACCUGGGGGAAGCCCUAGUCUCGAGUAAAGAUGGUGUAUGCCAUGCGAUGGCCAUUAACACCACCGAGGAUGACAUUGACUUACGAUUGGAACCACAGAAGCUCAUUCCAUUUGACUUUUGUAAAUUUCCCGGAGAAGAAUUUUCUGAUUCCGAUUCCGAGAAAUUGCAGAAGAUCACGGACAUGGGAAUUUCUGAUAGGGUCCGUAAAGUCAAGGAGUCCCUACAUACCUCUCACUUGACUCCGGAGUGUAAAGAGAUGGUAAAUCGAUGGGCGGAAGACUUUUCUGACAUAUUCCAUCUUAAUGGAGAAAUGCUCACUUGUACGCACAUGGUACAGCAUAGAAUUCCGACCAUCGAUGACCAAGUGAUCCGAAAGAAACAAUACAGGUCCCCUAAUGAGGCUUUGGAGCAAAUAGAUGCGCAGCUCCUAAAGCAAUUCAAUAGCGGGAUAAUAGGUCAUUCUAAUUCCGAUUAUAAUUCUCCACUACUAAUCGUGCCGAAAAAACUCGACGCUUCAGGAGAAAAGAAGUGGAGGGUCGUAAUCGAUUACAGAGCCCUAAAUGAAAAGGUAAUUGGAGACGCAUUUCCAUUGCCAAAUAUUAGUGGAAUAUUCGAUCGCUUGGGAAAAGCCAGGUUCUUUACCGUCUUUGAUUUAGCAAGUGGGUUUCACCAAGUCGAAACACACCCCGAUGACCGACACAAAACGGCGUUCUCUUCGAGAAACGGUCACUACGAGUAUCAUAGGAUGCCCAUGGGCAUAAAGAACGCUCCUCCCACUUUUCAACGAUUACUUAAUAGUGUACUAAGUAACAUGCUCGAUACUGAGGCAUUUGUCUAUUUAGACGACAUUAUUAUUUAUUCGGACACACUUGAAGAGCAUGAUGUAAGAGCCCGGCGGCUUUUCACUAAGCUUCGGGAAGCAAAUCUAAAACUUCAACCCGACAAGUGUGAGUUUUUGAAAACGGAAGUGGCGUACCUUGGGCACGUUAUUAGUGGGAAUGGCGUUAAACCUAACCCCAACAAAAUCGAAGCCAUUAAAAACUUCCCUAAACCUAAGACGCAAAAAGACAUUAGAAGUUUCUUAGGGCUAUCCGGAUAUUAUCGUCGUUUUAUCAAGGACUACGCUAAAUUAGCUAAACCUCUAUCGGAAUUGUUAAAGAAGGACGUAAAGUGGGAAUGGGGUGAAUCACAGUGUAAAAGCUUUUUAAGACUAAGGAAAUACUUGUGUCGCAAACCUAUUCUGCAAUAUCCAGACUUCCAACAAGGAUUUAAGUUAACCACUGACGCCUCAGAAUAUGCCGUAGGGGCAAUGCUAACUCAAGAAGUAGACGGCAUAGAUUUACCUGUGAGCUACUUCUCAAAGGUCCUUAAUAAAAACGAACUAAACUAUCCCAAAGCUGAAAGAGAAUGUUUGGCGGUAUUACACGCUGUAGAACAUUUUCGACCCUAUCUGUAUGGUCGAGAAUUCACACUAGCGUGUGAUUUUGAACCCAUUCAUUGGAUGUCUUAUAUUGAUAAUCCAGGAGCAAGGCUCUCAAGAUGGAGGCUGAGGCUCCAGGAUUAUCAAUAUAAGUUUGAGUAUAAACCGGGUAAAAUAAAUCGAAUUGUGCAGGCCCUAUCGAACAAUCCUGUAGAAGAGAAGGCGACCAAAAAUGAUCAGUGUUCUGACGCGAGUUCCGAAUCGGACUGGACCGAUUCGUCACUAGACAAUGCUGCAGAUACCGAAAUCAAUGUCCCUAAAAAUGACUCUACUCAAAAACCCCCGCCACUCCGUGCAUUGCCUAUCAAGGACAGUAAAAAGGACAAUAAAAAGGAUAGUGCGGGAAAGGAUCCUAAGAGUGUUAACCCCUCUCAACCCAGUUCUUCUUCCACAAGGCCUUAUACCAGAUCAACUUCCCAAUCAGAUAAAAAGACCAUUUUAAAACCUAACCCAACUUUCAAAUUACCUGGAGCUCCGUCAAAACCUCCCACAACAAAACCAGGACAGCCGGCAGCGAGCCUCCAGCCUAGAAUUCCUACGCGAAGAGCGACAGCCCCUGGACCUUUGAAUUUCAAGCCCACAUCUAUCCUAAAAGGACCAAAGGGAGCUGCAUCAAGCAACCGACCCAUGAGGAUGAAUGCUGACAACUUCCAACUCCCUGGUCCAUCUUCAAGAUCUGAACCUCCACCCCGACGACCGGGAAGACCUAAAGGCUCUACCCAGCCAAAGGAAUCCGACGGAGAGGAGCCCUAUCGGCCUCCGGCAGCAGUAAGCUCAAUCGACCCUGAUGUCAGCUGCAUAGCCAAAAGAUUGAGAAAAAGAACGACCUCUGCUGCCCAACCUUCAAAAGAUUCAGCACUCUCCAGUUCUUCUUCGGACGAACGAUUGUCCACCAGCGAAAGUGAAGAAGAUUCGGACCCUCCAGUGUUUCGAAAAGACCAUAGUGCCUUCCCCAGUGUUCCGAUAAGCCCGACCCCGAAACAAUCUUGUGCCACCGGAAGUGAUCCCAAUGUCUCCGAAACUUCAGCCCUCCUGUUUCCCUUGUCGAAUGAACCCUACACAGACGUUUACGUAGAUGGCGCGUGUGGAGAUAAUGGUGGAACGAGGCCCAGAGCAGGCAUAGGAGUGUGGUUCGGACCUAACCACCCCCUUAAUGUGUCGCGAAGAUACGGAGGACGACAAACCAACAACGCCUCAGAAAUCGAAGCGGCUACAGUGGCGAUCCAUCAGGCAAAGAAAGCUGGGAUCAGAAAACUUAGAAUUAAAACUGAUUCCAAAGUUCUUGUCCAAGGCAUAGAGGAAUGGGUUCCAAAAUGGCAAAAGAACGACUGGAAGACGAACGAUAACAAACCCGUCAAAAACCAAAAAGCCUACGAACGAUUGAUAAAAGCCUUGAAACAUGCUGAUGUUAUUUGGGAGCAUGUACAAGGGCAUGAUGGUAUUGAAGGUAAUGAAAAUGCAGAUCGCCUUGCUAGAGAUGGUGCACUCCUCGAGCCACCUUCAGAAUCGAGCUCUUCUUCUGAAUCAUCUGCAGAAGAACCGGAAGAAGAACAAGCUCCAGAAAAUAUAGUGAUCAGCGUUUUGCCACGUCCUAUUAGCAGCGAAGAAAGUUCAGACUCCAUCAACGAUGAAGAGCAAUGGAAACAGAAUCACCCCUGCAUUGACCUCGACAAAUCAGUCCAAAAAUUUGAGGAAUUUCUGGCCAAAAGAAGUGUCAACCCAUCGGACCUUACCAAUCAAACCCUGGCUUGGGAUCAUGAAGGAAUGGACACGACACGUCGGAAGCCACAUGUCUCGGAAGGUGAGAGCGAUGAAGAAUAUUUGGAGCUCCUGAAGGAUUUAGAUCCUUGUCAAGACUACAACGACAAUGCUUUUGGAAAAAGAGUCAAUGAUUUUCUGAAAAAUUACAACCAAAGUAGACAAAAGAAAAGAGAGGAAGAAGUAGAGCAACCUGUUGCCAAAGCAGAUGUAACAUCCCCUGGUCCUGAAGCAGCCACAGAAGUGUUCCCUUCUAGCCCAAAUAGACCACCAUCCAGAAGAAGUGUUGUGCGAUUUAAAGAAAUUCCUCAAGUCUUUGAAGACCCUGAGGAAGAUGUAUUUUUUUCAAAAAGUCCUUCAAUCUCAACUCCAGGAUUCCUGUCCGCUCCAGAUGCACAGUCGACUCCAUACACUCACCAUCAAGAACGAGAAACCCCUGUUCUGGAAAAACCAACAAGAGAAAGAAAAGGAAACAUUAUGCCACGCCGAUUACAAUCACGAAGUUCCAACAGUGAAAAUACAGUGAAGUGCGCGGCACCAAUGAGCCCCUUUUUGAACUUAAAAAUCCCCUAUUGUGACCCCCCGACUCCAUCCUCGGCGUCUGAAACGUCCGAUGAUGAAAAAUCCACAAGUAGAGGACAACAAUUAACAAACAUUGAUAAUAAAUGGACAGAACCACUGACUUACAAACGAGACAAUUAUGCCCAUUUUAUCUCAGAGGACUGUGAGCCUGUCGAUUCCAUUUCGAAACUGUUAAUAGCUACGGAAAAGAUAGACAUGCAGGACAUUCGAGACAGUAAACCCAUAAAAGGACAAGUUCAUCUUACCCUUUGUGGGAAAUAUAGGGUAUAUUCAAUCGUAGUUAAAAAGCGGUAUUCGGACGAGUUAGAUUGGAGGGAUGUUACCGAGGGUUUGAAAAAUUUAAAGUACGCCCUCACGCUGGACAAUCAAAAUCACUGCCGUAUGGCAAAUUCUGGAGACCUCUUAGGUUCUCUCCCACAAAACAAAAUGGCGGAACUAGUAGCAGGAAUAUUCCGCGGUGGCGAUAUAAAAAUCACCUUGUGCCACGGAAGAAUUCAAGUUCCUCCCUUAGAAUUGCGACCCAAGAUAAUAUCAGAAUUCCACAGUAGCCUUGUAGGAGGUCAUAAAGGCAUUACGAAAACGUACCGUAGAAUACGCGAACGAUUCUACUGGCCGAGACUGCGAGACGAAGUUACAGAGUUUAUUCGACAAUGUAAAAGUUGUUUCGAGAAUAAACUGGCUAGGGCCCGUACGAGAGAGCCUAUGAUCAUAACAGACACACCGGCUAUGCCUUUCGACAAAGUGUCUUUAGAUACUGUAGGAAAACUUAGAACUACCCCCAAUGGGAAUCGGCACAUUCUCACAAUGCAAGAUAACUUUAGUAAAUAUUGCAUUGCCGUUCCCAUUCCAGACAUAAAAACCACCACCAUCGCUCACGCAGUAGCGACAAACCUUUUUGCCACGUUUGGAGCACCCAGAUGUGUACUCACAGACAGAGGCGGAAGUUUUGUGAGUUCCCUAAUGCGGAAGCUUGAAGGAAUAUUUGGUGUCAAACAGCUUACAACUUCUGGCUAUCGACCCCAAACCAAUGGAGCUCUAGAAAGAAGCCACAUUGAGUUGACAGACUACAUUAAACACUACGCAAGGGAUUUCGACGAUUGGGAUCGUCUGCUCCCAUUUGCGAUGUUUAAUUAUAACACGUCAAUUCACGAGGCGACUGACUUCACUCCGUACGAGUUGGUUUUUGGUCAUAUAGCAAGAAUCCCAAGUUCUUUUCCACAAGGGCCAGAACUUGAAACCUAUGGGUCAUACCUGAGAGAUCUUGUCACCCGAAUGACCGAGUUGCAAAAUUUGGCGGCUGGAAGUCUAAGAAGGGCAAAAUGUCGUUCUAAAGAAUUCUAUGAUCGCAAGGCUCGAUCAUCGAAUGUUAAGGUUGGAGACCAGGUAUACACCUACAAGGAAGUAAGAACAAACAAAUUUGACAACAGAGCAAGCGGUCCGUAUACGGUUGUAGACAUUACCCAGAAUAAUAAUGUUAUUCUGGAAAACGAGAAUGGCGAUAGGUUCGCCAAACAUAAAGAUAAGGUAUUGGUUACCCAUUUGUAA